AUGGGUGGGGAAGAACUCUGAAUACUGGACCACAACAGAACUUCCACGAUGGACAGAGUUUAUGAAAUUCCUGAGGAGCCAAAUGUGGAUCCAGUUUCAUCUCUGGAGGAAGAUGUCAUCCGUGGACCCAACCCACGUUUUACCUUUCCAUUUAGUAUCCUCUUCUCCACCUUUUUGUACUGCGGGGAGGCUGCAUCUGCCUUGUAUAUGGUUAGAAUUUAUCGAAAGAAUAACGAAACCUUCUGGAUGACAUACACCUUUUCCUUCUUUAUGUUUUCAUCCAUUAUGGUUCAGUUGACCCUAAUUUUUGUCCACAGAGACCUGGCCAAAGAUAGACCACUAUCAUUAUUUAUGCAUCUAAUCCUCUUGGGACCUGUUAUCAGAUGUUUGGAGGCCAUGAUUAAGUACCUCACACUGUGGAAGAAAGAGGGGCAGGAGGAGCCCUAUGUCAGCCUCACCCGAAAGAAGAUGCUAAUAGAUGGCCAGGAAGUGCUGAUAGAGUGGGAGGUGGGCCACUCCAUCCGGACCCUGGCUAUGCAUCGCAAUGCCUACAAACGUAUGUCACAGAUCCAAGCCUUCCUGGGCUCAGUUCCCCAGCUUACCUAUCAGCUCUAUGUGACCCUGAUCUCUGCAGAGGUGCCCUUGGGUAGAGCUGUGCUAAUGGUUUUUUCCCUGAUAUCUGUCACCUAUGGGGCUACCCUCUGCAAUAUGCUGGCUAUUCAGAUAAAGUAUGAUGACUACAAGAUUCGCCUUGGGCCACUGGAAGUCCUUUGCAUCACCAUCUGGAGGACAUUGGAAAUCACUUCCCGCCUUGUGAUUCUCGUGUUGUUCUCAGCCACGUUGAAGUUGAAGGCUGUGCCCUUCUUGGUGCUCAAUUUCCUGAUCAUCCUCUUUGAGCCUUGGGUUAAGUUCUGGAGGAGUGGUGCCCAAAUGCCAAACAAUAUUGAGAAAAAUUUCAGCCGGGUUGGCACUCUGGUGGUGCUGAUUUCGGUUACCAUCCUCUAUGCUGGUAUCAACUUCUCUUGCUGGUCAGCCUUGCAGUUGAAGUUGGCAGACAGAGAUCUUGUUGACAAAGGUCAAAACUGGGGACAUAUGGGUCUGCACUAUAGUGUGAGGUUGGUAGAGAAUGUGAUCAUGCUCUUGGUUUUUAAGUUCUUUGGAGUCAAAGUGUUACUGAAUUACUGUCAUUCCUUGAUUGCCUUACAGCUUAUCAUUGCUUAUCUGGUUUCCAUUGGUUUCAUGCUCCUUUUCUUCCAGUACUUGCAUCCAUUGCGCUCACUCUUCACCCAUAAUGUAAUAGACUACCUCCAUUGUGUCUGCUGCCACCGGCACCACCAGGGAAGGACUGAGAACUCAGAGCCAUCUUGUGAGGCUGAAACAAGACAAAGCAUUGUCUGACUUUAUCUUCUGGACAUUAUGGGAUAGGUUGGGGGGUUAUCAAGAGCAACUGUGAAAUUGAAGGAGAAGACGAGACUCCUGUGUGAGUCCUCACCAGAUCACUUUCUCAAUGAUCUAAAAAGUCUGUCAAAAAAAAAAUGUGACCUCUAAAUAGGUUUUACGUUUUUAAGAUUGACUACUAUGUUUGGAUAUCAGCACUAGUCAUUGUUUAAUUAGGAAAGUCAGAGAUACUGUUCAUCCACAUCUUACCGAAGUCAAUUGGAAUAACCUUCAAGCACCUCAGGUUCUUUGUGAAUUUCCAGCUUAGCUCAUUUGCUUGAGGCAUCGCUGAGCUUCCCUGGACUAAUCCGAAGCCUCAGAACUCUACCAGCCCACAUCCCAACUGACGAGAGGAUAUGACAGCUUACUAGCAAUGGCACUUCCCUGGGAACAGCCUGACUAUUGUAGAACCUUUUAACUGUAAGAGUGGCUGGGGUAUUUUAAUUCUAAUGAAAAACCAUGGCUAAGAAGACAAUCUCCGCUACUCACUAAAUGAGUUAGUGCUCCAAAAGGAUUUUACUAAUGUCUCCCUGGCUGGACUCAAGGUCACUGUGUAGCUGAGAACUAUGUAGCUUGAACUGAUUUUCCUGCCUCCACCUCCUGAGUGCUUGGGUUGCAGGUAUGUGCCACUGUGUUUGGUUUAUGUGGUGCUCAGCACUGAACCCAAGGCUAUGGACUCUACCAACUGAGUGACUCUUAGGGAACUGUGUACGCCUCCAGCUUAUCAAGGGAAAUGUUUGAGUGAAAACUCAUUCAGUGAGCCUUUAACAGGAACACCCUCCA